AUGCUUAGCACUACAACCGAUCCCCAACUUCGCGAAGUUUUGAAGCGGUCCAACACGCAAACCGAAAUCGCUAUUGAAGCCGUGAACACGCAGCUCAAGCUUUGGAAAGACACGGUCGAGAAUGAGGUCUCCAGCACCGUUACGUGUCAGAUCCUAGGUUUGGACAUCGUCAACCUCACUUUCAAAGGAUAUAUUGGCGAAAAUGUCGAAGAAGACGUUGCAGUGAUCAAGGAAGGAGUAGUGAGUUUAGAAAAUGCUGAUGAGCUCCUGAAGAAGGGUCUCUGGUCCUGGUCAAAAUUACCGUAUCCAAUUCGACGCGUCGGAAGCAGUUUGCCGUAUAAUUUUGAGGCGAACGGAGGCGAACAGGGACCCACGAAGAGGACAAAGGUAUUGGAGAAUGAUGAACUUGUAGAUGAUGUCGACGAAUGGGUCCUUCGUAACGAAGCUUUUCUCCGUACUCUCUCUAAACCCCACGCAGCAUCUGCUCCUGUCUUGAAGCCAUGGUCAGUUGGCCUAGUUCGUCCCUCCGAUCUUCCCAAAACCCUACAUAGUUGUACUCCAGUUACUUCCCCAAACGACUCUACCUACAUUCAUGCUCUCAAAAUCUCUCGCUUCCCUAUCAAUGCUUUACCAGGAUACACUGUACUUGCCGACAAACGACCUCCAACAAUAUUCGUUCAACCUUCGUCCUCAGAUUUCAAAGGUCGUUUCGAUUGUAUGUCGGGAGGUCUCCUUGCAGGUCUCGAAUGGAACAAUGUCUUCGUUGCUGGAGGCCUCGUACUGGGUGCGCUCCUGACACCGGACAUCCCUCCGACCGCUACUGUACCUGCCUUGGAACGACUUUAUCUGAAUGAACCACCAGAGUGGAUAUCAUCAGACAUCGAUCUCUAUAUCUACGGCUUGGACGUUGAGUCCGCCAACGAGAAAAUCAAACAUAUCGCGGACGUCUACCAAAGCAAUUUAGGUUCAGCCGAUGCACCGUUUUUGGUCGUACGAAACUCUCAGACGAUCACAUUGUAUUCAGAGUGGCCUAAGCGACGAGUACAAAUCGUGUUGAAGUUAGUCAAGAAUCCGAGGGAGGUGUUGCUCAAUUUUGAUCUCGAUAUUUGUGCUGUUGGAUGGGAUGGUAAAGAAGUGUGGAUGUUGCCUCGCUUUGUACGGGCAUUGGAGACUGGAACGAAUGUAUUCACUAUGGACCUUGUGAAUGGACACUACCUCGGCGAUAGGAAAGCGACCCGCGACAAACGUGUCUUCAAAUAUGCCAAACGCGGUUUUGGUAUCCGCAUUAUCCCACUCUAUAUAGGCUACCUCUCGCCCUACCAAUCUGCUGACUCCCAAGCGCUCCUCGACAAAAUCUCCCUAGGCGAAGUCCUCUUCAAACCUCCUCUCUCGAUGACCCGAAUUGCUGAUAACGCACGGACGUGGACGCGGGAAGUAGUCAAUCGGUAUAUUCAAAACGGUCAAAAGAAUGUCUCGUUGACUUAUCACUGGCCGGAGGGUCGAUGGCCAAAGGUCAAAGGCAAGAAUGGGUUACCUGUGUUCUCACACGCGAUGCUGGAAGGGUAUGGCCAAAUCACUUCAGAGCCACUUGGAAGGAGCUGUUUAACGGGUUUUGGUUUAUUGAUGAGGCAUGUUGCACUAUGGGAGCUGGAGAGGGACGGAAUAAUUGAGAUCUAUGAGCAUAUAUUUGCUGAAGACGCUUACAAUAAUAUCGGACAAGUUUCAUACGACGAUACACCUGCAUACGAAUGGGAUGAAAAUUUCUCUGUGAAGGCCUUCAUCGAGGCGAUAGAUAGCUUUAAUCACCGUGAAAAAGACGCUAUGCAAUCCGAGUGGGACAACAUCGCUGGCAUAGGUGCCGAGAAAUUCGAAUUUCCAGAGGUCAAACGCGUCACCUAUUCCCGCUCAUUCGAGGAAAUAUUCUCUUCCAAUAAUGAUAUGGCAAUACCGAUAUUCACUACAGGAGGAUUUGUACACUUUGCUAAUGAUCUUGUAACGAAGGCAUUGCAGGAGUCGAACUUGGAUAAGAUUUCAAACAUGAAACAAACACCUAUUGCUGUCAUUGGCAAAGAUGAAGAUCAAGACGUUGUUAUUGCUCUUUGGCACCUGGAUAGCAUCUUGAAUUGGCAGAUGGUUGAUAGACGGAUCGACGAAGUUCGCGAAAUCCUAUGGGCAUUCCAUCGUGCCAAUGAACGUUUAUACCAUCCCGAACCCGAAAACCGUGUCAAUAAUCUCAAAACAAACAUCUCGAAGCGUGCCAUUAGGAUUUCUGAAAAGGACGAGAAUCAUGCGUUUGUGAGGUGGGUAGGGAGGGAGCCAUAUCAAGACACGACGGAUGUGAAUGGUAUUUUCCUGGUAGAACGCAGGUCAAGGAAUCGUGAGGACAGUGAGGAUGAGGAUGCCGAGGGCGAGGAAGACGAAGAUGAACAAUGA